AAAACCACAAAUUGGCCUGCCUUUGCCGGCUUUCCUUAGUUAAAAAUUUCACGUUUUUUUUAUUUCUUUUUUGGCUUUUGUUUCCUCUCUCUCUCUCUCUCUCUCUCUCUCUCUCUCUCUCUCAUGAAUCACAAAUCCUUCUUAGGCGUUUGAAGGAGUAACAGAACAUUCAGAUUUCCUUCUACGAAAAAUGCUGUAUUAGUUAAUAGUUGCAGUCACGUUAAACACCCCAUUGACUCUCCUCUCUCCUGCAGUCUGUCUUAGCCUUGCUCCUCACGUCUCUCUCUCUCUCUCUCUCUGCAACCCACAAAAAGCCCAUUGAGGAAAUCCAGACCGAUCCAUCCAGCCAUGCCUCUCUCACCCAAACUAAGGUGCGCUCGAUCAGACACGCCAUGAGUGACGCUCGAAGUUCCUCCUCCUCCGACGCUGAUUUCGCUUCCAUCGCCACCACUCAGCAGAAUGGUGGGCGAAGUCCGAUUAGUGAUGAUGGAAGCCAAACGAUGUCCCCUGCGAGAACUCCUGAACCGUCGAGGCAUUGGAGGGAUGUUUUCUGGUUGGGAAUAUUCACUGUGCAUUUGAUUGGGCUGGCAUUCGUUCUUUCGGUUCUUGGGAUCAAUAGGUUUAAGAAAGCAGAUAGGCUUAACAUUGACAGGUAUACAAACAGGAUACUUGAAAAUCAGGCCGGAUUGACCGAGACAUACUGGCCCUUGUAUGCUGUGGCCGGCGGAGUUGGUACUGUUCUUGGAUGGGUUUGGCUGUCAUUACUCGGGUCCCGGGCGAAUCAGAUGAUGAAGGUCUCGGUACACAUCUUGACUACUUAUCUAGCUGUGAUAAGUGUUCUGUGCUUCUGGGGUGAACAGAUUUUCUGGGGUAUUGCGUUUGCUAUUGGCGCGGGUUUGCAGUUUUUGUAUGUAGUUUCAGUUAUAGAUAGACUUCCUUUCUCCAUGCUGGUGUUGCAAAAGGCUGUCAAAAUGGUAUGGAGCCUUCCUGAAGUUAUGAGAGUAGCCUAUGCAUUUACAGUAAUCAUGCUAUUAUGGAUGGUGAUAUGGUCUUUUGGAGCAGCUGGUGUUGUCGCUUCAAGCAUGGGUGAUGGUGGGCGCUGGUGGCUUCUUGUGGUGCUUUCUGUGAGUUUAUUUUGGACAGGUGCUGUCCUUUGUAAUACAGUUCAUGUUAUUGUCUCUGGAAUGGUUUUUCUUGUUCUCAUCCAUGGUGGCCGAGAAGCAGCAUCUAUGCCUCCCAAACCAUUGACAAAAUCUUUAAGAUAUGCUGUUACGACUUCAUUUGGCAGCAUUUGCUAUGGAUCACUAUUUACAGCAGCUAUUCGGACAUUGCGGUGGGAGAUCAGGGGAUUCCGGUCAAAGAUUGGCAAUAACGAGUGCUUGCUUUGCUGUGUAGAUUUCUUGUUCCAUCUUGUUGAGACACUAGUUCGUUUUUUCAAUAAGUAUGCCUAUGUCCAGAUAGCAGUUUAUGGUAAAAGCUUUAAUCGUUCAGCAAGGGAUGCCUGGGAGUUAUUCCAGUCAACUGGUGUUGAGGCACUUAUUGCCUAUGAUUGUUCAGGAGCUGUUCUACUAAUGGGCACAAUCCUGGGUGGGCUUGUUACUGGAACAUGUUCAGGAACUUGGGCAUGGUUCAAAGCAAGUGACAGAGUUAUUAUGGUUGGGUCUACUGCUAUGCUGAUGGGGAUGAUCUUGGUGGGGUUGGCAAUGGUGGUGGUAGAAAGCGCUGUUACGUCCAUAUACAUCUGUUACGCAGAAGAUCCCUUGUUAAUUAACAGAUGGGAUGCUGAAUUCUUCAACCAGAUGUCGGAGGCACUACACCAGCGUUUGCAGCACAGAAGCGCACGAGCAAGGGAAGUGUUGACCCACAACCGGUUUAAUUCGAUCUCUGUUUGAGUUUCCACCAAUUUGUGUUAUAGAAUGUGGUGUGAUUUGUUCCAUUCCAAUUUGUUUACCAGCACAUAAAAUAUAGGUUGUUGGACAAUUUUAUACCCUUCACAACUGUUCUGAUUCAGUAGUCCAGUGUUAUUUGCUUGAGAAUGAUGUCAGCCACAAGGAGCAAGCUUUGCAACUGGGUUUGAAAUUUCACAAUUUUGUAUCUAGAAUGUAGUUUAAUCA